AUGUUCACUUCUACGCCUGAGGAGGAACGUGUUCAGGAGGAUGACAUCAUCGUUGAGGAUCUCAGUCAAACGAGAGAGUUGCCAUCAAAAUACAAACGUUACAGAGAUGAAGCCACUGGUCGAAUGAGAGCCGCUGGAUUUGAUGCGGAAAGGCCCAGAAGAAUCGGUCAGCCAGGUCCUUAUGUGCUAGAGGAUACGAGGGAAUUCGAUCAGCACACUCGUCCGUCAGCUGGAGACUGGUUCGCUGAUCUGUUUAAAACUAAAUUUACGAUCAGUGGGCGUGGUGAGGAUAUUUUCAUACCGAGAUUAAUUUUGUCUUUUAUUUUCUUUUUCAGAACAUUUGAAGAAAUGGACUUGAAUAAACAGUUGCUACAAAAUCUUUACCGGAAGGGAUUCAAGAGGCCGUUACCAGCUCAACAGGCCGCCUUUCCACUGCUAUCAAAAAGCUAUGACCUUAUUGGUCACGCACCGACUGGUCACGGCAAAACGGCCGCAUUUUUGAUUCCUAUCAUUGAUUCAAUUCUAAAACAGAAACAGUCAAACGGUCCGUUUUUUGCUUAUUUUUUGUUGAUUUAUUCGUUCAUUAAAGCGAUGAAUCUGAGGAAAUCCGAUCCACUGUGUGUCAUCAUCUCGCCAACCAGAGAACUCGCAGAACAAAUUUAUAAGGACGCAAAAGAUUUGUGUUCUGAAACUGGAUGUGAAAUUAACCUGUCGUUCGGUAGCUUGCCGCGUAGUGCGUGUGUAAGGGAGAUUCAAAAGGGUUGCGAUCUGAUCAUUUUGACCGUUGGUCGUCUGUGUGAUUAUGUUGCGAAUGAUGUGUUCACACUAAACAGUCUAAAAUAUCUCGUCUUUGAUGAGGCAGAUAAAUUGUUACAAGAGAACGAUGGAUUCAUUAAUGAGAUUGAAGACAAUGUCAUUCCAUUAUUGCCAAGUCGAAGCGAUGAAGUUUGUAAAGUCUUCUUCAGUGCUACGGAUAUUGCGCAGUUAGAUGAGCUGGCGAAAGAGUGUUUCAAGUGUACGCCAACUCGUUUGGAAGUUGGUGAGGUGAACGCUGUGAAUGCACUUGUAGAGCAGAGAAUUUUAUGUGUGCGUUAUGAUGCGCAUCGUGAUGGGGAGCAGAAAGCGACACCACCGAAAACGAUUGUGUUUGUGAACACGAGAAGGAAGUGUAGUGUGAUCGCGUGUUUCUUAUCAUUGUACGGUUUCAAAGCAUAUCCCGUGCACAGUGGUUUGACACAGAUUCUGAGACAUCAAGGUUUGAAGGCGUUCGAGUCGGAUGAUUGCCAUAUCCUGGUGGCAACAGACGCUUUAGCGCGUGGAAUGGAUUUCAAAGAUAUAUAUCAUGUGAUCAAUUACGAUGUACCAAAUUUCCGAUCUUGGGCAUCCUACAUUCAUCGUGUUGGGAGGACUGGCCGACUCGGUAAUCGCGGACUUGCAACCACAUUCUACUCACCUGACAAUGACAGUAAUAUGGCACCGUUCCUCUAUCAGGUAUUUGAUUGA